AAAGUCUCGAGGCCUCAGUCUGCAAGUGUCCCACGUGGGGUAUUCACACCAAUCCUCACGAGGCUGCCGCGGGAAUUUAAAAGCUUUUGCAGAAAUCGUUCGCAGGCGACACUAAGGUUCCUUUCCUCUUCCCUCUUGAAGGAGGGAGUACAUUUGAGGUUGCAGGGUUGAAGAGAAGGAUCUUCAGUGCUAAAGAGGAUGCCUCAUUGUUCUGAACGGCCGAGAUGGGGAGAGAAGGGCAUAAAGUUGACAGCAACCUCCCCUUGGCUUCUUUGUUCUUACCAGUCUCUUGGCCACGACUCCACCCUCUCCAGGAAUGAUCACCAAGACCCACAAAGAAGACUUGGGCCUUGGGCUCCCAGAGAAAAAGAAGAAGAAGAAGGUAGUGGCCAAAGAAGCAGAGACUCAAUCCUGGGUUUUAAACAGCGAUAAUUAUUCCACUGAGGUCCGUCCCUCAAGAGCCAGAUCCCCUUCAAAGAGUGUGGUCCAAGGGCCUGCGCCCAAGAUGUCUUCAGUGAAGAAGAAGAAGAAGAAGAAGAAGAGCCACAGCACUGUCUGCGAGGAGCACCUGGAGUCUGAGGCCAGGGUGCGCGCCAGGCGGACAGAGGCGUCGCCCAGCCCCAGGGGGCAGGCUCUUGGUUCCUCCAGGCUCCUCAGCGGGGAGAAGAAAAAGAAGAAGUCCUUGCGGCCUCUGGCCACGUCCCCUGGUUCGACGGGAAAGACCUCCCCAGACCCCACAGAGGGCGAGGAGGUGACCAAAGUUGGCAAGAAGCCCAAAAAACACAAGAAGGAGAAAAAGGCCCAGGAGGCCGCAGCGGUCUCGGCCCGGGACCCUUGGUUCUGCGAGGCGGGGCCUGAGGCCGGCUCAGUGGGGCAGGACGGCCAGGGCCAGGCAGCCCUGAGGCACAAACGGAAGCAGGGGAGCCCCAGGGAGCACACCGCGAAGACGAAGAAGAAGAAGAAGAAAAAGAAAAUUCACCAAGAGGGGGACACCCCCCUGCGCCACCCCGAGCCUUCCCGGUCUGCGGAGGGCAGCCCCAGGAAAGGGGGCGAAAAGAGGCCAGUCAAAGCGGAGGCUUCAGAAUACAUCCCCCUGGAAGAUGGCUCCAGGGCCUCUGCGAAGAAGAAAACGAAGUCCGGGAAAAGGGCAGGGCAGCCGGGGAUCCAGGAGCCAGCGCCGAAGAGGAAGAGGAGGAGGAGCCGGGGCGAAGGAGCAGGAAGCCCUUGGGAGGAGGAGCCGGACACAGACUUAGAGGUGGUGUUGGAAAAGAAAGGCAACAUGGACGAGGCGCACAUAGACCAGGUGAGGCGAAAGGCCUUGCAGGAAGAGAUUGAUCGUGAGUCAGGAAAAACGGAAACGUCUGAAACCAGGAAGUCGACAGGAACUCGGUUUGGCCAGUGGGAUACUGCUGGUUUUGAAAACGAGCAACAGAAACUGAAAUUUCUCAAACUUAUGGGUGGCUUUAAAAACCCGUCACCUUCACUCAGCGGCCCGCGUGACACGACGGGGAGGCCCAACAUGGCGCUCAGCAGGAGGGCGGCCGACUCGCUGCAGCGGAGCCUGCAGCAGGACUACGACCGGGCCGUGGGCUGGAAGUGCAGCAGGCGGGCUGGCCUGGGCUUCGCCGCCGCCCCCAGCAAGACCUUCUACAUCGACAGGAACGCUUCCAAGUCCAUCAAGUUUGAAGAUUAAACUCUGCUGUCUUGUCCCCUCCCCCCGCCACCACCGAGAGCGCCAGAACGGCUUUGAUGAUUCAGUUCUGCACAGAGCCGUCUGACAUUGUCUCGAAUUGAACUCCUGCCAAGGUUAAGGACGACCUGGGGUGGGGGCAGCUCCUGUUUCAGGAGCCAAGAGAACAUGGGAGCAGUAAAGCUACUGUUUUCCGUGUUAUGCCUUCCAUCCCCGUUCGAGGAUGUCGUGUAGAAACAAUAGUCACUGACAUUCGUUGCGUUCUUAGUAUGUGCCAGACGCAUACUACAGUGUUUUUAGGGUAUCGAUGGACUUAAUCUUGUUAAUUCUGAAAUCGGUGCUGUUAUUAUCCCCAUCUCAUGGAUGAGGAAAACGAGGUCAGGGAUGAAUGACACAUGCACAGGGUCACCCAGCCCGUAAGUGCCAAGUGUUGUGCUUUCGUACCUCAAGCCCUGCUGCGUCACUAGUCACUGCUCUGAAUGUCCCCCUCUCG